AUGUACAAUUGCUACGGCACUCGAAGUGGCGCUUCUUUCUACAUUCUCAUCUUUCACCCUUGCUCCUCCUCUUCAGGGUUAACGAAGACUAUGGGAGUCGACACUUCACUCGACUUGGCAUUUCAGUCAAGGUCUCGCGUCUGGCCUCAAGUCCAAGUCCCAUGCAUUCCACAUUUCUGUCGGAAUCCCACCGCUACAAUGGCCCGUUACAUCAUCGACUACAUAACAACCUAUCCAUGUGAGUUUGUACUUUGUACUGCCCUUGGCCAGGCAACAAGAGAAGCCUUCCCAUGUCCUAAAUUAAAUGCAUCAGGUGAUUAG